AUGAAACCAAAUAAUAAUUCACAAGAUUUCAAUAUCACUUAUCCAGAAUCUGAUCAUACAUUGUAUAAAAGACUAUUACCAAGAAACUAUGGAUUAUAUUCCGGAUGUGAUAAUCCCAUGAACAACUCAACACAACAACUACCUUUUUCAUAUUGUCAUCAUUAUACAAGAGCAAGUUAUUCCAAUGAACCGAUUAAAUUCAAAUCAUCUAAUGUUGUCAAGUUAGUCAAAUCAAAAAGUAAUCCUGGAGUCUUAUUGAACAAUGAAAUGAUCAUGACCCCGACGGAAACAACACUAACACCGACACCAACCACAUCAACAUCCAUAUUGACAUCACCAAUUUCAACAGACAAUAAAGAAACGAUGCCAAUAAAUGAACCAUUAAUCGUUGUCAAAUAUCAUAGACAAUCAUCACCUUUGCAUAAAUUUGAAAAAAUUGAUCCUCUUGUACAUAAUAAUAAUAAGCUUGAUAAACCACCACAUCACUUUAAUCAUGAUCAUUGUCAACAAACAUUAAUACAUUCAUGGAAUAAAAAAUUACAUUCUAAUUGGCGGUCAGAACCUUCUUGUUUAUUUUUUAAUUGGAAAGGCAAACAUACAUUUGACAAAGUUCACUAUCAAUCAAAUGAUCAUGUUUGUCAUAAAAAUACAUUAUCAUAUCUACCAAUGGUAAGUGAUAGUUUGAGAAAAAAUCAUCAAAAAUCAAUCGAUUCCAUGCACAAUCAUUCACAUAAUCAUUCUGAUCAUUUUAAAGAUCUUGACUUGAAUGAUAAUUACAAACCUAUGAGUAUGACAAAUUCUGAGGCACACUUUUCAAAUAAUCAUCAUCAUCAAUUGCCUAUAAAUGAUUAUAACUCAAAAUCACAUCAUGUUCAAUCUUUGUCAACAUUAUCCAAUCAUAACAAUCAUCAUAAUACUAUCAAUCGAUUGAAUGUUAAACAUUCAAAUACUGACAAUUUCUAUACACCUAAUCAUAUAACCAGUAAUAAUUUAUCAUCACCACAAUUAUCAACUUUAAAACUAACUAGUGGUCGAUCUAAACGUGCAUUGAUUAAUGUUGGUGGUUUUCGACAUGAAAUUCUAUGGCAUACAGUUGAUCGUUAUCCAAAUACCAGAUUGGGUAAAUUACGUCAUGCAACUAAUUUAGAAGAAUUAUUAAGUCUGUGUGAUGAUUACGAUCCAAUUAAUAGAGAAUAUUAUUUUGAUCGUAAUCCAACUGUAUUCUCGACAAUAUUGAAUUUUUAUCGAUCCAAAAAAUUACAUUAUAAUGAUACAAUUUGUGUGAUGGAUUUUAAAGAGGAAUUAAUUUAUUGGGGUGUUAAUGAAAGUUUCAUGAAAGCAUGCUGUUCACAUCGUUAUCAUCAACAAAAAGAUUUAAUUGAAGAUGAAGUGAAAAAAGAAGAGAGUUGUUUAAGGCAAACAACAACAAUUGAUGAAUUUGGUUCUGGUUGGUAUGCGAAUUUAAAGAGACAAGGAUGGAAUUUAUUAGAAAAACCACAUACAUCUGGAGCUGCUCGAGUAUUCGCAAUCGUCUCAAUAUUUUUUAUCCUCUUAUCUACAAUCAGUUUAACAUUGAAUACAAUGCCUGAAAUACAAUUGAAUACUACCGUGCUCAAAUUUAUCGAGCAGGAAUUAUUCACUGAUACAAAUCUAGACAAUCAUACUACCACAACACAUCACUCAUCAAAUGAAUUAACAGAUAAUCCAUACUUAGAUAUUGUUGAAACAAUAUGCAUCUCUUGGUUUACAUUAGAAUAUGUACUACGUUUAUGGUGUUCACCAAAUAAAUGGAAAUUUCUCAAGCGAAUUCUCAACAUUAUCGAUUUAAUUGCCAUUUUACCUUUCUACAUACAUGUACUGUUAGUGGAAGUUGUUACACGACAUCAUAAUGAAUCAUUACAUUCAUUGCGGAAAAUUGUACAAAUCUUUCGUAUUCUGCGUAUUUUACGUAUAUUUAAACUUGCCAGACAUUCAACUGGUCUACAAGCACUCGGGUAUACAUUUAAACGAUCUUAUAAAGAACUUGGUUUACUUAUGCUAUUGAUUGCAUUAGGAGUAGUAUUAUUUUCUAGUUUGGUAUAUUUUGCUGAAAAAGAUGAAAAUUCCGAAAUGUUUCGUAGUAUACCAUCAGCAUUUUGGUGGGCUACUAUUACAAUGACAACAGUUGGUUAUGGAGAUAUGUUGCCUAGGACAGUACUGGGCAAAUUGAUUGGUGCAUGUUGUUGUAUUUGUGGUGUAUUAGUUGUAGCAUUGCCAAUCCCUAUUAUUGUUAAUAAUUUUGCUGAUUUUUACAAAGAACAUAUGAGACGUGAGAAAGUUUUAAAACGACGUGAUGAAUUAGAACGAUUUCGUCGUAAUGAAGAAUCUAUAGUCAAUCAUACAAUGAGUACAAGUGCCUUUUUUGAACAAAUCAAUCAGGACAAUGGUAAAUCAUCCAAUACUACUUAUCUAAUCAAUCAAAUUGUAUAAAUCAAUACACCUGUCUGUUUAUUCAGUCAAUAAAUUAAGGAAAAUUCAAAUUAUUCAACAUAACACAGUAUAUUAUUCAAUGAAUAAUCGUUUAGGGUAGGUAUUCUUAACAUCGACAAUAGGUCUCAAAUGAAAGUUUCAAACAUUUACCUGUUAAACUUGAAGUUAACUCUUAGAUUUGUCAUAUAUACAUAUAAUCUUCAAUUAAAAUUUCUUACUAAAUUUAAUCAAGAAAGCUGUGAACAGUUCUGUUUCAGUGAUUCACUUGUUUCAGCAUAAACAAACAUAUUUAGUUCUUCCUCUAAUUAAAUUGCAUAUUGUAUAUGUAUAGACAUUGAUUCAAAAUAUCAUUUAAAACAAUGUAGAG